UUACAUACAGUGAUCGACAAUCCGAAUCCGAAUCCGAUCGUAAAAUAUCGGACUAAUAUUUAACUCUUGUCUCUAAAUCCAUCUAGGGUUUCCAUUCCUCCCCCAAAACUAUUUCUACCUUUUUUAUUUAUGGAGACCAACCCCAAGAGGGAUAGAUAUGGAGAGCGAUUGUUGGGUCCGUGAAUCAGUGGAAGAUAAUGAGGGAAUUGCUAAUGAUUCGAUUUCGGACAAACUGGGGACUACAAGUGAAUCUAAGGUUCAAAUCAACGGGUCCUGUGCAGUGGAAGAUAGCGAUAGGAAUGAGUUGAAUCUCAAGGGAGCUCAUGUGGAGCUCAAACCCAAAGGGUAUGGGUUGAAGAAAUGGAGGAGGAUCAGGAGAGAUGCCAAUAGGGAUGGGGAUAGCAGCACUGAUACUGGUAAUGCGCUUGCGCAGGAGUCUCCGCGUGGCGGUGGUAACCCAAGCAAGCGGGUGCAGUAUGCCGAAAGGAAGCAAAAGAGCGAGGGUUCUGUUUCUUCCACCAAUGCUGUGGUUAAAACUUUUGAUGGUUAUGCUCUGCUUGAUGAUUCAAGCUUGGGGGCGAGUCCAUCAUUUGCAGCUGGAACUGACUCCGAGAAUAGUGAGGAUCGGAGUAGCAAGUCCUCCACUGCAGCAAGUGCUCCAAAGAUGAUUGGGGGAUUUCCACGCGAUAAGAGCAAGAUGAGUAGUUUCAAUGGCAAGAAUUUGAUGCAUGCUGUGCAGUUUGGCCAGCAUGGAAAGGGCCGAACUGAGAACAGCAAGAAGGCUAGAGGGGAAAGGGUCAAAAUCGAGAAAGAAAACUCUCAUUCCAGCGUGGAAUCUGACUCGCGAAGCUCCAAUUUUGUUUUUAUGCAGGGAACUUUCUCUGUGAAUAAUGGGAUACGGAGUGAAGGAGCGAAUGAGUAUGAUGGAGAAAAUGGUGACGAAGUUCAGGGCAUUGGGAAACAAGUAAAUGAUGGACUUCGAAGUGGUUAUGGCAAAGGUGGUCGGGGAGGGUCACCUGAAGAUGUAGUUGCUGAUUCUUCUUGGGCGGAGAAGGAAGAAAGAAGUGAGAAUCAUGGUCCCAUGAGAGAUAAGGAUCCACUAUCUGAAUCCAUGCGUGCACUCCAAUCUGCACAUGAAGCACUAGAAGCAGAGGUGCUUAAGUUUAAGGAAAUUGGAAGUGAUGUUUCAGUAGACGGUCCUGUUUCCGACUUAUGCAAUGAGUACAUAGAUGUAGAGCAAAAACUUGAAGAAACAAGCGAUGAGGGUUCGCAAUCCAAAGUUAUACAAAGUGAAAACAGUGCUGCGGUAGCAGAACUCGAAGACAUCUUCAAGCAGAAGGUUGAAGCUGAAGUGGAGUAUUUGGCAAUAUCAAGAACAGUACAAAAGAUGAGAGUUGCUGCUGUCGAGCAAAUUACUGUAUUAGAAGAACAAAAGGAUCUGAGUUCAGUGCAAGCUCAGGUACUCACCGAGCUCGGAGAUGCUGAAAACAAGGCUGCAUCGCUUAAGAAACGGGCUGAGAAGUUGGAGAACUUCUGUGAAGACAAUGAAAGUGCGGAUGAAAUAUUGAAGCUGCAGAAGGGGGCAUGUAAGUACGGUUCGUGUUUUGUGAUGCAGCUAGUUUUGUUGGUUGUCAUCUGGGGCGUCUUUAUACUCCAAUUUUCGCAAGAUUAUGUGGAGGUUGUUCCCACCUAGUUGUAGGAGCUCUUCUUCACUUUUCUUUUAGCCUAAUGAAUUUUAUACUAUAUGUUUUGGUGAUGGCUGCAUCUUUUUCUCCCAGAAGUAGAUGUGUAGAUCAAUCCCUUGAGUAGCUCUCUUCUUAUAAAGAAUUUCAAUGUGUAUUACCGCUGAUUUUGGCAGCCUUCUAUCAUUUUGUUUCUUCUCUUUUUCCUACAAUAAAGAUUAUCCCUUUAUACAAA